UGUGGGGAAGGGCUUGGUAAUGGGGGAGCUGCCUCCCUCCCUCCUCCUGAUGGAUGGCGAGGGAGCGUCCCUGGCUGCCUUGCACCAUCACUGAGGGAUACGAGAGGACAAACUCCAGUGAUUCCGCCUCGCUGCUUCCUCCACCUGCCCUUCCCCACCCCAAUCCUAGAAGCUGAAAAGCAGAUCCACCCGGGAGGGAGGUUGAAACAGAGGCCAAGAGAUAGAUCCUCCAGGGUAGCUGGACAUCGGCCAUCUCAACAGGGGAGAACUCAGAAGGGCUGGAGAUGCCCACCCAAGUUGAUGGGCAUUUGAGGGCUUUAGAGAGGACCCUGGUUUUUCCAGCAAUUCAGAACAAAGGACUCCAAUGAACUCCGGACCUAGGCCCGAAUUGGUAGAAGAUGCUUCAUUCCCACUUUUCUUUUGUUUGGCAGAAUGAAAUACACACAGUAUGUCUUCUUGGUGGGUCUUUUAUCCAUUGCUGCUCCGGGCGCUGCUCAAUCCUGCACAGUGGAUUCACUUCCUGUGAAAGACAACUUUGAUCCAAAGAGGUAUACAGGGAAAUGGUACGCCUUAGCCAAGAGGAAUCCUCAAGGCCUAUUCCUUCAAGAUAACAUCUCUGCUGAAUACACAAUCAAGGAGGAUGGCACCAUGAGCGCCUUGUCCAAAGGCAGAGUGAAGCUGUUUGGAUUCUGGGUAAUUUGUGCAGACAUGGCAGCCCAGUAUACUGUCCCAGACCCUACGACUCCAGCAAAAAUGUACAUGACUUACCAAGGGUUGGCCAGUUACCUGUCUAGUGGAGUCCCCAAGGGCUCCCCCCAGCUAUUCAGCACAUUAUUCGCCAGAAGCAGGAUGAGAUCUGUAUGUCGGGCCAAUUUCAGCCAGUGCUGCAGUCAGGAGCCUGCUAAGGAAAAUACAGCAUCAAGUCUGGGCCAUUUUUGGAGCAAAAAAGCACACCGCAUAGUCAUUGUUGUUUGCCUAACACAAUAGUUUGGCAAGUUUUAUUGCUUGAAAUUCGUUUUGUACCUUAGGCACAAUGUUCUGUCUGAAUGAACGAAUAACACAUUCUGCUCAAUGUU